AAUCGGCUGUUGUUUCUUUCUAGCUGAAUAUGAGGAGGAUGGCAAUGAAGAUGGCUGCAACCUCUGAAAUCACUCUGCUGCUGCUCUGCUGCUUCAUCAUCUCCACCACAGAUGCUCAGGAUAAAUGUGACCACUACGUCACAGUAGGAGAGAGCUUCACGGUGACGCUGAAAAACCAUCGCCUGAGCGACAGCGAAAAACUAAAAUGGCUUAAAGAUAACACGUUAAUCGUGGAUCGAAAGGCAGCGAGGAAUGGCGCCGAGCCCAGGUUUAGCAAAGGGAGCAAGGAUGAUAUUGAUCAAAAUGGAUCCCUGAAGCUGAAGAAAAUUAACAAAGACCAAGCCGGGAAAUACACCCCCGAGGUUAUGUCAGCAGAUGGAAUAUCAAUAAAAGAUUUGGAGAGCGUACAUUUAUGUGUAAUGGAUCGUGUCCCUGAACCUAAAGUACAGACUCAGUGUCAGUCUCAGGCUAAAGCCAAGUUUACCUGCUCUGUCAAGCCGGCGUCAGAUAUUAAGUACGAGUGGCUCCUCAAUAACCAAACGAUGAAAGGCCAGAAGAGUCCAACACUGAUAUACAACACAAAAAACUUGGGAACAGAUUCAUUCAGAUGCAAAGUCUCCAACCAGGUCAGCUCAUUGACCAGUGAUUCCGUCCCUGACCCCUGCUAUAAACCCUCUUUUGUUUUCCCCAAACAAUUUUUGGGAUAUAGUAUCUGGAUUUUUGUCGGUGGUGGAGGAGGUAGGUUUUGUUCUACUGUGUGGUUCCAUGUCAGUAUCUGUUAUAUCAGAUUGUGUUGCUUGACACUAUUACCUUUACAUUUUGUACGUGUUUUAAGUGGAAAGUCUGAAAGAAAAGUAAUCUGGUUGAAAUGUUUACAUGUGUUAUUAUUGUUAUCAUCAGGUGUUGUUCUGGUGCUAAUAGUGGUUGUGAUUGUCUGCUGUGUCUGGGCCAAACGGAAAAAAAGCUUACAAAUUAAGGAUGAGGAGGAGCUGCGUUUGAGGUGGGGCAGUCCUACGCAGGAGGAGCAGCAGCAGCAGCAGCAGCAGCAACAACAACGUCACCAUCACCAUUCUCAUCCUCCCAACCAUCCUCACCAUCACCAUCAUCAUCAUCAGCAGCAGCCUGCCGGUCACACCGGUCCUCGCCAGCAUCGCUCCAAACAGCAUCUCGAUCCUCAGUACCCCAGAGCCCAGAACCCUGCCUCUGGUCACCCUCAGCCCAGCCCUAGAAGACCUGCACAGGCUCCCAGACCACCUGUAAAUGAAAAUGAUGAGCAGCCUCCUCCUCUUCCUCAACCAAGGAAGAAAGGUCCCAGGACACAGAGAGUGUGACAGGACGUGAGCGUCAGAGUUUAGCUCCAAUUUUCUUAGUUUUUCUUUCCUUUUUUCCAAUUUCAAACUCCUUUUUUAAAGUCAUCUAGAAAAAGUAGACUUUGGUUUUAUUGUCAAACAUAAUGAUGUCUGUUGAAUUAAUGUGAAUUUUUUUUAUCAAGUCUUUCAAACUUCACAUAACCUGACCUCAAAGAAAUUGACAAAUCAUGCCAAAAAGGCAUUUACAGAUUUUUUUGGUCAUCAAGACAUUAAAAAAUACACAAAAACAAUUCAAGACAAAGCUGUAGAACCAUGUACAAUAUUUCCAUUUUGUAUUCAUUAUAAUAGUGUAUUUAUUUUAAAGUCAUGUUGCCUGAUAGUUAUUCCCGUGUGCGGGAGGUUUUUCUCCUCCUACAGUCCAAAAACAUGCAAUAUGGGGAUUAGCUAAAAUUGAGUG